AUUCCUGGACAAAAUGGCGGCUCAGGGGAGCGUCUUGCGGCGCUUCGCUGUGAGAGCAGGCGGGCGGCGGCUUUUAUCUCAGAGCCAGAGCGCAGCGGCCGCUCUCACCGCGGAACAACUGGCGGAGAAAGUACGCGCUCAGAAAAGGGAGCGGCAAAAAACACAACAAGAAGUUCCAAAAGAUCCAGUACUGAGGCGUGUACGAGAACUCAUUCAGCUCACCCAACAGCUGCAGCGGGUUCAUCCGAAUGUGUUGGCCAAAGCACUCAAACAGGGGAUGCUGUACCAGAAUGAAGAGAUUGUGGUGAUUAAUAAACCAUAUGGCCUCCCUGUACAUGGUGGUCCUGGGGUUAAAACUUGCAUCACAGAUGUGCUGCCCAUCCUGGCGAAGAUGUUGGGUGGCAUGAAUGCCAAACCUCUGCAUCUGUGUCACCGGCUAGACAAAGAGACAACAGGUGUGAUGGUGCUGGCGCGGGACGAGGGCACUGCACACAAGAUCCAGGAGUUCUUCAGAACCCGACAAGUGGAAAAGAAAUACUGGGCGAUCAGCAUUGGAACACCAGAGCCAGAAGAUGGGCUGGUGGACAUUCCCAUUGUGGAGAAAGAAGUGGAGAGCCACCAGUCGCACUUCAAAAUGACGCUUGCUCCAAACUAUCGCAUUUCCCAUGAGAAUGGGAAGACAUACAAGGUACGCCAGCAUAAAGAUGCCCAGGUGGCGGUGACCCGCUACCGAGUUCUGAGUAGCUCUUCUUCUUGUUCCCUCCUUGAACUCCAACCAGUCACAGGAGUAAAACAUCAGCUCCGAGUCCACUUGGCCUAUGGCUUGGGCUGUCCAGUCCUUGGAGACCACAAGUACUCACACUGGAGCAAGCUGGCACCACAGAAGCUUCCCAAAGUUACGCUGAAGAGAUUGGGUUUGGAACAGGUCAAAGCCCGUUACCUCCCUCUCCACCUACAUGCCCGUGAGCUGACCCUGCCUGAUGGAAAUGGGAGUGAAGAGAAGAAAAUCCAUUUAGCCUGCAAACUACCCCGCUUCUUCUUUCAGUCCUUACGGCACUUGAAGCUGGAAUUUCCAGAGAUGGAGAAUAAACCCUAAAGGCUCCAGGGCUAAAGGACUUCGCUUGGAGUUAUCGUGCGACCGCAUUGUGAAGUUUGUCACAGUGGGCUUACCUCUCUU